AUGAAAAAGCAAAUUGACAAAAUAAUUAAAAAUAAUCGGAUAUAUGACGACCCAAAAAAAAUUUGUGACAUAUUUAAUGAAUUUUAUAUACAAUUGACAAAUGAAAAUAAUUUUAAAUAUAAUGUUAACGAAAUAAACAAGACUAUAAAUACUAAUAAUGAAUAUACAAUAUUCCUUAAACCUACUGAUGCAAUGGAUAUAUUUCGGAUAAUUAACAGUCUUAAGAACACAAACGCAGUAGGGUUUGACAACAUCACAACCACUGCAAUAAAAUUAUCUGCACCAUACAUAUGUCAACCGCUAUGUUAUUUGAUUAAUAUGUCUUUUGAAGAAGGUACUUUUCCAAAUAUAUUGAAAAACUCUAUUGUAAGGCCACUUUUUAAGAAAGGCGACGCAUCUGAUAUGAAUAACUAUAGGCCAGUGACGCUUAUACCCAUCUUACAGACCGGCAGACAGAAAGACAAACAUUUUAAUAAUGUUUCCUCAUGUCUUAUUGACAUACAUACUCGUAUAACGCUCUUCAAUUUUAUUUAUUUGUAUAAAUAA